AUGGCCGAUAUGACCAAAGAUAUCACCUCAUCCCAUCUCGAAUACAGUGAUGAUGGCAACACCACGAAGCGACAGGUUUUUGACCUGGCAUUCAACAUCCGCAACCUUCCCCGCGAUGAACGAGAACAACUGGAGAAGAAGUUGGUCGGAAAAGUGGACAUUCGACUGCUGAUCAUGAUCGUGGUGAUGUAUAUCCUGAACUACUUGGAUCGCAACAAUAUUGCAGCUGCCAAGCUGGCUGGAUUGGAGAAAGACCUGCAUCUAGUAGGGGAUCAGUAUCAGCUCUCCGUCAGCAUCCUAUUUGUUGGGUAUUUACUCAUGCAAGUGCCAUCCAAUAUGGUGUUGAACAAGCUGGGAAAGCCGUCUCUUUAUCUCCCAGGUUGUAUGCUGGUAUGGGGAGUGAUAUCCUGCGCCACCGCUGCCACGCACAGUUUCACUGGCCUGUUACUGUGCCGUUUCUUUCUGGGAUUUGUGGAGGCGGCUUAUUUCCCCGGUUGCCUGUAUCUUCUUUCCGCGUGGUACACCCGAAAAGAACUCGUCAAGCGAACUGCACUGUUAUAUUCAGGCUCGUUGCUGUCGGGUGCAUUUUCGGGUCUAAUCUCAGCCGGAAUUACAAGUGGGCUGAAUGGCGCACGAGGCAUCGACGCAUGGCGGUGGUUGUUUAUUAUUGAAGGCUCAAUUACUGUAUUCGCUGCGUUCGUCGCGUUUUUCAUCAUUCCAGAUUUACCAAGAACAACUCCGUGGUUGACAGAGGAAGAAAAAGCUCUGGCUGCCUGGCGAUUGGAAGCAGACAUUGGCGAGGAUGACUGGGUGGACCAGCAGCACCAAUCCAUGUUACAUGGAGCCAAGUUGGCAUUUUUUGACAUCAAAGCCUGGCUGCUACUGGGAACCAUCUAUGGCUGCACUGCCUCAGGAGCGGUGACUACGUUCUUCCCCAGUGUGAUGGCUGGCCUUGGAAAGAACAAUAUCCAGACGCUGCUGCUCACGACACCACCAUAUCUGAUCGGAACCAUCCUGGUUUUGAUCAAUGCAUGGCAUGCGGAUUUGACAGGCGAGCGUUAUCUACACAUGGUCCUGCCUCCCAUCCUUGCUAUUGUUGCAUUUAUUCUAGCUAUGGCGGGCACUUCUUUUGCCGCACGAUACGUGGCAAUGUGUAUCAUGCUUCCAGGAAUCUAUUCCGGGUAUGUUGUGGCACUGGGAUAUAUCUCUAAUAUUCUCCCGCGUCCUGCGACCAAACGAGCGGCGGCCUUGGCCUUGAUUAAUUGCUUGAGUAAUGUUUGUCAGAUAUAUACACCUUAUCUCUACCCGAACUCAGCUUCGCCAAGAUAUAUCACUGCAUUCAGUGUAAACAUCGCGAUGUCUUCCAUGACUAUCAUCUUUGCCACAAUCCUGCGGAUUUACCUCGGACGACUGAACAAGGGGCUGGAUCGAGAAGAGGGAACCGGGAUGGGACCUUCGAGUGGCCAACGUCGGGAAAACGAAGAACAGGGGUUACCUGGUCAGGCUGUGAGCCAAGGGUUCAGAUUCCUACUUUAG